AUGGCCCCCUCAUGUAUUCCGUGGGACCUGUCAAUGGCUACUGAGCCCCAAGCUCAGCCAUUGACUUUGUCAAACAACAUCCACGAGAACUCUCAAUUUGAUGUGGGCACGGACCUACACAUGGACUUCAACAACUUGGUCAUGUUGAUAUCCACGUUGUGUGUGGGCUACGGAGAGAUGGGGGUCGAGGGGUGA